CUCGUCACUUGCCUAAACUCCGAUAGAACGGAUUUCGUCAACUCCACCGGUGCCACGCACUUCUCCCCACCCUGUGCUCUGCGCAUGCCGUUCUGACGGGAGCAUGAUCUCAGAUUUUCCUUCUUCUUAGUCCGCCAACAUAAUCUGUUUCAGGCGCCAAAUUUUUCUAUCCCCUCUGGAACGAGCUGUCAAUUAUUUAGCCAAGGAUGAACAGGAUGCUUGCGAGGAAGCUUGUUACAAAUAUCUCUAGAAUGAAUGUGCCUAAGAAGUCCUUCUGCGCCGAGGCGGCGGAAGUUGCUGGUUCUCUGAGUGGGAAACUUUCCAAGGAGCAUGAGAAGAAGCAGACUAUUGGCAAUAAUAUUCAACAAUAUGAUAUUGCCAUUGUUGGAGGAGGCAUGGUUGGCAUGGCUCUAGCUUGUUUCUUGGCAAGCCUGCCAAUGACAAAGCAGUUAAAUGUUGCUAUUAUUGAUAGCAAUCCAGCAGUGGGGAGUCGCUUAUGCAUCAACAAGGAUGACCCCCCUGAUCCAAGAGUUAGCACAGUAACUCCUGCAACUAUAUCCUUUCUCCGAGAUGCUGGUGCUUGGCAAUAUGUUGAGCAAAGCAGACAUGCUAGUUUUGAUAAAAUGCAGGUCUGGGAUUAUACUGGUUUAGGGUAUACUAGAUACGAUGCAAGAGAUGUAAAUAAAGAAGUUUUAGGGUGCGUGGUGGAGAAUAAAGUGCUUCAUAAUGCCUUAUUAUCACGUGUAGAGGCUACGGAUUUUCAGAAAACAAUCUUUCCAUUGAGGUUAACUUCAAUGACAUUGCAACCAGGCUCAGCAUCUACAGUGGUUGAGAAUCUGUCAUCGGAAGCAUUAUCUUCUGCUCGAAGGAAUUUAGCAAAGCUGGAACUCAGUGAUGGCAGUAGUAUAUAUGCAAAGUUGGUGGUUGGAGCUGAUGGGGGUAAAUCACGUGUUAGGGAAUUAGCAGGAUUCAAAACGACUGAAUGGAACUACUCACAGAAUGCAAUUAUCUGUACGGUGGAGCAUUCCAUUGAAAACCAAUGUGCAUGGCAACGGUUUCUACCUUCUGGUCCAAUCGCACUUUUGCCUAUUGGUGACAAGUUUAGCAAUAUUGUUUGGACCAUGAACCCAUCAGAGUCAGACCACCGUAAAUCAAUGAAUGAUGAUGAUUUUGUGGAGGAUGUCAACCGUGCUUUGGAUUAUGGCUAUGGUCCUCAUCCUAAAUCAAGCUUAAUAGAAACUGGCAACUUUUUCUCUUGGCUUAAAAUGGAUUCAACAUUCUCAGCCAAUCAGUUUUUUGAAAUUCCUCCUAAAGUAGUGAAGUCAGCGUCUCAAAGAAUGGUGUUUCCAUUGUCCUUACGGCAUGCGAACACCUAUGCAUCAAAGCGUGUGGUCCUAAUUGGAGAUGCAGCUCACACUGUCCAUCCUCUUGCUGGUCAAGGAGUUAAUUUAGGUUUUGGAGAUGCAUUUAGUCUUUCGAAAAUAAUUGCAGAAGCUAUUGCUCUUGGCAAUGACAUUGGAGAGGUACAUUUAUUGAAGAAGUACGAAACAGAGAGGAAGCCAGCAAAUAUUAUGAUGAUGGCGGUCCUUGAGGGCUUUCAAAAAGCUUACUCUAUUGAUUUUGGACCGUUGAAUGUACUGCGAGCUGCGGCUUUCCACGGGGCGAACUAUAUAUCACCACUCAAACGAAGUAUCAUUUCUUAUGCUUCUGGGGACCAGAAACUGCCCCUUUUCACUUGAGAACAUGGAACAGCCCGUCCACACUUUGGUUGUUUUCAUGUUGAUUAAUUUUUCCAUCCAAGAUGGUCAUAAGCAUAUUCCUUGAGAUA